UUUCAGAUGCCUCUGGAUGUUCAAUGAUAGCAUUCCUCCAUACUGGAGCAGCAAAGUUUUCCCAAAACUUACUUUCAAGGGCAAGACAAGCUGUGUCCCCCCUCCUGGCUGGUGUUCUCAAAGGGUACAGCUCCGUCGUAAGCAGGAAACUGGCGUCCCACGGCUUUGGAGCUUCCAUGGCAGCAAUGUCAUCCUUCCCUCCACAGAGAUAUCACUACUUCUUAGUGCUGGAUUUUGAGGCUACGUGUGAUAAACCACAGAUUCAUCCUCAGGAAAUCAUCGAAUUCCCUAUCCUGAAGCUGAAUGGCAGGACGAUGGAGAUCGAAUCCACCUUUCACAUGUAUGUUCAGCCUGUGGUGCAUCCCCAGCUUACGCCCUUCUGUACAGAGCUGACUGGGAUUAUUCAAGGCAUGGUGGAUGGCCAGCCAAGCCUCCAGCAAGUGCUUGAGAGGGUUGACGAGUGGAUGGCAAAGGAAGGCCUCUUAGAUCCCAGCGUCAAGUCGAUUUUUGUGACCUGUGGAGACUGGGAUUUGAAAGUGAUGUUACCAGGACAAUGCCAGUACUUAGGGCUGCCGGUUGCUGAUUACUUCAAACAGUGGAUUAAUCUGAAAAAGGCGUACAGCUUUGCCAUGGGGAGUUGGCCAAAGAACGGGCUCUUAGACAUGAACAAAGGACUGAACCUACAGCACAUAGGGAGGCCUCACAGCGGGAUAGCCCUCGAGUUGCUCUGGAUGCUGUGAUCGUCCUUGGGAAGGAGGCUCUGCCAGGCAGCACAGCCUUGGGAGCUGGCUGGAAACACUGCAGAGUGAAGAUGCGUGGUCCCAGCUGGAGAACUGAAUCAUCGUCCCGUUUGCUCACAUGUGUGAUGAGUUUCAUGGUCCCGCAGCCUGCUCCAAGAUAAACAACUGAUAAACAGUGCUUCAAGAUGAACAGUGGUAGAGUUCGGUGUAUGCCCCAACUCCUCUGCACCAGGGAUCAAAGUGAUAUGAGGGAGACCUCACCCAGGACACUGAGACCAUAUAUCUGCCUGCUGCUUAGCCCUGGGGAUGCAGAGCUGGGACAGCAGCAGACUGUGGUACGGGCAGGAGCUCAGAUUUACUGGGCUGUAGACAGGGCUGUGAGUCAGGGCUGCAUCACUCUUGCCUGUCUUGUUUCUCUGCGGGGCAGUGGAUCACCUCUUGGAGACCAGUGGUCAGGUGUUCCCUCUGCCUCCCAGCUCUUC